AGUUAUCACUUAUCACCAAACCUGAGCGCUUCCGACACCUUAUUUAAUGAACUAUGUUUAUGAAGAAUGUCGUUGAAUAUUUAGACAAACCGUGAUUGGCUUAACAUUUUUAUCUAAGUCUUAAACUAUAAAACACCCGCAUUGUUUGCUCACUGUAGGCUUCGAGUGUCAAACAAGGGUAAGGUUGUAAUUGUAGGCUAUUUAGAUUUAACUUUAAUUGAAGUGUUUUAAAUUAUUUACUGAACUAUACGACGGAUGGAAUUGUACAUUAAUUUUAUAUUAAAUGGUUCCUGUUAAUUAAAAGUGAAACUGUUCUGUUAAAGUGAAGUGUAUUUUUACAUUAUGAGUGUGACAAUAGAGAAGGUCGAUUGUAAGGAAAGUGAAUACAAUCCGUAUGAACAUAGAAAGGUGUUAAAACCUAGUUCAGACGUAAGGGCUACCGCAAACAUAAUAAAAGCUUCAUUAGGUUCAGGACUAUUAGCUGGCCCUCUGGCAUUUUCAAAUGCUGGAUGGGGUGUUGGAAUUAUAGGAACAAUUAUUGUUGGUGUCAUUUGUGGACAUUGCAUUCAUAUUUUGGUAAAAACGUCUAGAGGUUGUUGUAAAAUCGAAAAGAAGCCCCAACUAAAUUACGCUGAAACUUGUGAAUCUGCAUUCAAUAAUGGACCUAAAUGCCUUCACAGAUACUCCAAAGCAGCGAGUAUUUUCGCCGAAUUUUCACUUCUAUCAACAUACGUAGGUGUGUGUUGUAUUUAUACAGUUUUGAUAUCGGAUUCUAUCAAACAGCUUGUUGACAGAUAUGUUCCCGGCGUCAAUUUAUCUGUGGAAUACUACUGUCUCAUCAUAUUAAUACCACUAUGCCUGUUAUGCCAAGUGAAAUAUUUGAAGUGGCUCGCUAUUUUCUCAAUGCUAGCAAACUUUUUCUUAGUAGCAACAUAUCUUAUCUGUCUUUAUUAUAUAUUUGGGGAUGAAAUCAACUUUUCAGAUAAGAAAGUUGUCGGUGACCCGGCCAGAUUUCCGGCUUUUAUAUCGACCGUAAUUUUUGCAAUGGAAGGCAUCGGCUUGGUCAUGCCCGUAGAGAAUGCUAUGAAGAAACCACAACACUUUCUUGGAUGUCCUAGUGUAUUGGUGGUAGCGAUGUCGGCUAUCGUAUUCUUUUAUAGUACAUUGGGUCUAUUCGGUUACUUUCGUUAUGGAGACCUUGCAAGAGGAUCCAUAACGCUAAAUCUCCCCAUUGACGACUGGGCCGCUAUAUUUGCUAAAGUUUUCAUCGCCUUGUCUAUCUUCUUCACGUAUCCCUUACAAUUUUACGUAGUCUUUGAUAUAUUUAAGAGAUACACCGAUUCGUUUAUUGGGGAUCGUUAUAAGAACAUAGCUGAUAUUGGAGGACGGACUAUAGGAGUUUGUUUUUGUGUCGCAAUUGGUGUGGCAUUGCCUUUACUGGAACAAAUCAUCAAUCUCGUUGGCGCCUGUUUCUACUCCAUCCUAGGACUUGUAAUCCCUGGAAUAGUCGAGACUGUGUUCCGAUGGAACAGUCUUGGAACCUUUAAAUGGGUCCUAGUAAAAAAUAUAUUCAUUGUUUUAUUCGGUCUCGGAAGUUUAAUAUCAGGAUGUACAGUCACAGUUCUUGACAUCAUCGCCAUAUUAAAUAGCAAAAUGGAAUAGUAAAUAUACCUAGUUAUUAAUUUAUAUUAUUUCUUAGACAAUAUGCAUAUCCGUGAAAUUAUUGUAAUUUAUUAAAGUAUUGAACAAUUUA